CUGCGCUCUGCUUCCUCCCCGCAGGUGAACGACCCCGACGCCGGACUGUGGAUAGUUGUCUACCUUGUGCCAGCUGCCCUUACGCUGCUCGUUGGCCUUAACCCCUCGAUAACAGAUAAUCUUGUUUGGAGGACCCUCUGUGAUCUUCAUUCUGCUGGUUGUAUUGUUGGGGCCAUUCUCUUGGCUUAUUCUUUGUUUGCUUACACUCGAACAAACAUCUUGCAUGAAGAGGAAGGCAGAGAGUUAUCUGGUCUGCUGAUUAUUACAAUAUGGAUGAGCCUUUGCCGCAGUUCAGCAAAGAAUCCACUGAGUGGAAUUCGUUUGAUUGCUGCAGUCCUGGUCUGUUUCUUUCCCUUUUUUAUGUGGCUGUACAUUUACAUGAACAAAGAGAUGCGAGCAUCUUGGCCAACUCACUGUAAAACAGUGGUUUAAUCAGAUGGGAGAAAAUACACAAUAAAUAUUAUGACCUUACUUGCCUCUGCUGU